ACAGUUGCCCAGGGCUGGUACAACGGCCCUCUGACGGAGCUGUGGCGCACAUCCACGGCGCAGCGCAGCCACACGCGCUCCCGUGCGUGCGUUCCGCUCAAAGCGCGCACCAAAAUGCCCAGCAAGAGAAAGAAGAAUAAGCGUCGCAUGAGAAGGGUGCAGGCGCAGAGGAGAGCGCUUGAAGAGCAGCAUGCAGGUAAUCCACCCGUCAAAGCCGGCCCGGGGAUCGCAGUGAGCGCACCCCCUACGGCCGCCCCCAAGAAAGCAGUCAAAGCUCCAGCUCCUGCUCCACAGAAGAUCCCAAAGGCGGCCCCGGCCCCUGUCCCAAUCCCUGUCCAUGCCCCUGCCCCUGUCCCUGUACCUGUCCCUGUCCCUGUCCCCGUCCCCGUUGCCGAAACCCCCCGACCAGAACCAAAGCCGGUUGAGAAAGAACCCGUAGCAGAGCCCGUCCCAGAUGAGCUGGACGCACCAAAGCCCCAAGUAGAGUCGUUGGAACAGAGACCGGCAGAGGCUGUGGUUGAAGCCCAGGUGGAGGCUCAGGCUAAGCUCCUUCCAGAGCUUAAAAGUGAAGAUCCAGUUCCCAUCCCUGAAGAUGUUCAGGCCGUCGAGAUUCCGACGCUGAAGACGACUGAAACUGAAGCUGAAGUCAUCGUUCCUGAAACACAACCAGUCACUGAGGUCAUACCCACAGCUGAGGUCCCAGAGGAGGUUCAUACAGAGAAAGAGGAGGUUCAUACAGAGACAGAGAUUCUGCCAGUGGAAGCUGCAGAUGUCAAAACAGAUGUUGAGCAGAUGCACGCUGUCUGCGAGACAGUGGCAGAGGCAGAGGCAGAGGCAGAGGAGGAGGAGGAGGCCGGGGCUGUGGCAGAAGAAGAGUCUGUGACCGAGGCCGAGGUGGAGGCGGCCGCCACGGAAGACGUCUCUGAACCAGAAACCUUAACGGAAACCAUCGAGGAAGCACCGGUGGAAGAACUCAGUGCCGACCAGGUCUCAGAAGAGCCGGAGGCUGCCGCGGAGAACGAGGAAGCUGCCGUUGAGUCGGUGAUGGAGGCCGAAACGCAGACGCCCGAGCCUCAGGGCGACACAGAGGCCAGCAGUAUUCCAGCCCCUGCCCAGGAGCCAGAGGCCGGGGGGGAGGUUGAGGUGUUGGGUGAUGAAGAAGCUGCUGUCCCUGCUGAGCCCGUUACAAAUGCAGAGGAUGCUGCUGUGCAGUUAGCGGAAGUCCCAGCGGUUCCAGAAACAAUCCCCGAGGCUCCCGUAAACGAAGCUGAAGCCCCAGUCAUUGAAGCCAGUGAGGUUUCGGCUGACACGCUGGUCGAUGACUUCAUAGUCACUGAAUCCGCGUCAGCAGUAGAGGGGGCCAUUGCUGCUUCUGUUGUCCACCAGGAAAUCGAGACCAUCGAUGCCCAAGCAUAUCCUGAUCCUGAGCCGGCUGUUGCUGCACCAGAAGAAAAAGCUGUCACAGAGGCUGCAGUUGAAAACACAUGUCUGGAGACUCUGUCAGAAGAGCCAAAGCCAGAAAUCUGUGAGAUGCCAUGUCAGAUGCAGCUCUCUGUGGAGUCUGUACCCCUCAGCUCAACGGAUAUCUCAGUGGAAACAGCAUUGAAUGGACACAUGGUUCCAGAAGUCUCUAUUGAGGGUUAGAGAUGCAAAACAGCUCAGAAGAUCGUUUUCUAUGUAUUCCCCCUUGGUCAUUUGGAGGACUCAAAGCUUUACAAUGAGUCAGCGAGCCAAACUUUUCAUUUUUUAGGGCUUAGGACAGAAUAGCCAGGAAAUCAAAGGGACAUCCACACUUUGAAGUGCCUUUCCUGUCCUCUUUUCUGUCGAAACCUCAAACCAGAUCUCAGCAGUCGCGCUCAAGUCAGCGGCGGCCGAAACAAAUGGAAACUAACGCACGACGCUCUCGUAUAUUCCCACUCGCACACGAACACAAAAAUCCAUGUCUGUGAUCACCUCUGCCCCAAUGCUCCACACACCUAAUGCAUGUGAACCACGUAGCAUCGGGCAUCGGGCCUGAAGUUUGCAGGCUUAUUCUUAAAGGGAGGGACUUAUGCAGUUUUUUUUUUUUUGUACUUCUUUCAAGUCACACAUUUUAAUCACCAAAACCUUUUAAAGAGACACAUUUUUAAGCCUUCCCCCCGACCUCCAUUCCUGUCCCCUGUUCCGUAUUCCAGUGUUCUCCGUCUGAGCCGAGUGCCGAUGCAACGAUUAGUGAGAUGCCACGAUUACAACGUAUCGCUAGAGUUUUAGGACCGGUGGCCACUGAAGCCAGGCGAAGGGCGUUCUCUGUUUGUUUCUUUUUCACUUUCUCCUUUUGUAAUUCAUUUUGUAUUGACAAGAUGAUGUGCUACAGUUUUGUGUUCAAAGACUGUGCUAUGGAGGGGAAACGUGGCGUGAUUAUUACUGUUGAGCUGUUGAUGGGCUGCCUCAUCCUUUGAAAUAAAGCUGUAACUCAUCUAUAGGUGUCUGGCUUAUUUGCUUUAAUUUUUGAUCAAACCAGUCCCCACAUUAUAACAGGAGGGCCUCAAAAAAGCUCUUAGCCAUAAUGCACC